AUUUAUUUGUUUACACUGCAAAAGUGAAUCGGAUUCAAGUGGAGCAGAAUUCCAACUGCAAUUUGAAAAAAUGUCACUUUAUCGUUGUUCCUCACUUCAGUUCCAGUUCACCUCCACCAAUUCCAACUCUCCACGUUUCCAACUCCGCCAUCACCCGCCACCACCGCCAAUUCUACCCUGGCGCCGACCGGGUGGCUCCCGCCGAAUUCUCAAGCUCAGAGCUUCUCCUAGACUUCCCUGUUCUUCAGCCAUGGCCAUUGAUGACGGCCCUACUUCUCCCCCUUCUUCUCUUCAGGAUCAGGAAAUCAUGCUGCAUUCUCGAGCAUUUUGGGUUGGUAAGGAUACAAUUGCCUGGAAUAUGGAUGUUGGAGAUGGUUCGUGCUGUCUAUAUGGAAGUAAAGAUGCCUCUCUCUCUGCAGUAAAUGGGAAAAUUGGAGGGUAUGAUGUUAAGAUUAAGCUUGAACCAAGUAAAGAAAGGCUCCCGAAACAUGUAAUUGAAAAAUUUCCUCAUAUCCACGAUUACAAAUCCUUCCAAAUUCCUCCAGGUCUGGAUGUCAACAGUUUACUGAAAUACCAAUUGGCUGUUGCUGCGUUAAGCUCUGGUGAAGAAUGCACUAGCAUCACCGGUCUGCAGUUACCUGGUGUUCUGGAUGAACUAUUCUCUUACGAUGGUCCUCUUGGUGCAACUUUCUCAUCUGAUUCUGUUUCUCUUCAUCUCUGGGCACCUACUGCACAGAAAGUGAGUGUGCUUAUUUAUGGAGAACCUGAAGGUGGUGAUCCCUUAGAAGUUGUCCAACUUGAGGAAUCAAAUGGUGUCUGGAGUGCUGAAGGUCCAUUGACUUGGGAGGGCUGUUACUAUGUUUAUGAAGUCUAUGUCUACCACCCUAGCACCUUGCAAAUUACAAAAUGUAUUGCAAAUGAUCCAUAUGCAAGAGGGCUGUCAGCUGAUGGAAGGCGAACCCUCUUUGUCAAUGUUACUUCUGAGGCUCUAAAACCUGAAUCUUGGGAUCAUUUGGUAGAUGAAAAACCAGAUCUUCUGUCAUUUUCUGAUAUCAGUAUUUACGAGUUGCAUGUAAGAGAUUUCAGUGCCAGUGAUGAUACUGUUCCAUCUGAGUUCCGUGGUGGCUACCUUGCCUUUACUUGCCCUGAUUCAGCUGGAAUGCUUCAUCUGAAGAAGUUAUCACAUGCUGGUAUCACACAUGUUCAUCUGCUUCCUACCUACCACUUUGCUGGAGUUGAUGACGAUAAGAGAAAAUGGCAGACUGUAGAUUCUCAGAUGCUUGAAUCAUUUCCACCUGACUCGGAUGAACAACAGGCUUGCAUCACAUCUAUCAAGGAUGCAGAUGGGUAUAACUGGGGCUAUAAUCCAGUUGUAUGGGGUGUCCCAAAAGGAAGUUAUGCUAGUAAUCCUAAUGGGUCCCUCCGCAUAUUCGAGUUCCGCAAGAUGGUGCAGGCUCUAAACCGCAUUGGCGUUCGUGUUGUACUCGAUGUUGUUUACAACCAUUUGCAUGCAAAUGGUCCCUAUGACGAGAACUCUGUCUUGGACAAGAUUGUUCCAGGUUACUACAUCCGAAGGAACCUUGAUGGCUUUAUCGAGCAUAGUACAUGUGCAAACAAUACAGCCAGCGAACAUUACAUGGUUGAAAGGCUGAUUAUUGAUGAUCUCUUGCACUGGGCCACUAAUUACAAGGUUGAUGGAUUUCGUUUUGACCUCAUGGGUCAUAUUAUGAAGCGCACAAUGGUAAAGGCCAGAAGUAUGCUUCAGAAUUUAGUGAAAGAAAACGAUGGAGUCGAAGGCUCUAGCAUCUACAUAUACGGUGAAGGAUGGAACUUUGGAGAAGUGGCUGGAAACGGGCGUGGCGUUAAUGCAUCACAGUUCAACAUUUCUGGAACUGGAAUCGGAAGCUUCAACGACCGGAUUCGAGAUGCAGUGCUUGGUGGAUCUCCUUUUGGACCUGUACUUCAACAAGGUUUCGCAACAGGUUUAUUGGUUGAGCCCAAUGAUCAUGACCAUGGAAGCAAAUCUACGAUGGAACAUAUGCUUGCUGUAUCCAAGGAUCACAUUCAGGUUGGGAUGGCUGCCAAUCUGAAGGAUUAUGUUCUAACCAACCACGAGGGCCACGAGGUUAAAGGAUGUGAAGUUUCAACGCAUGAUGGGGUACCUGUUGCAUAUGCUUCAUCCCCCAUAGAAACAGUUAAUUAUGUCUCUGCUCAUGAUAAUGAGACCUUGUUCGACAUUGUCAGUUUAAAGACUCCGGUAAAUAUCUCUUUGGAUGCAAGAUGUAGGACGAACCAUUUGGCAACCAGCAUCAUUGCACUUUCCCAGGGAAUACCUUUCUUUCAUGCUGGCGAUGAGAUUCUGCGAUCAAAAUCAUUAGAUCGUGACUCAUAUAAUUCAGGCGAUUGGUUCAAUAGGUUAGACUUCAGCUACAACUCUAAUAACUGGGGCGUUGGCCUUCCUCCAAGAGAAAAGAAUGAGCGAAAUUGGCCAUUAAUGAAAAUCAGACUGGCAGAUCCAGGAUAUAAGCCUCAACAAAAUCACAUCCUUGCAGCACUCGACAACUUUUGUAGCCUUAUUAGAAUCAGAUACUCUUCCCCACUUUUUCGUCUGCAUACAGCAAACGCAAUCCAGGAAAGAGUGCGAUUUCAUAAUACUGGUUCAUCAUCAAUCCCCGGUGUGAUUGUCAUGAGCCUCGAGGAUGGACACAAUGGAGUUCCUGGACUUAUGCAGUUAGAUCCAAUCUACUCGUACAUCGUUGUUCUAAUCAACGCGUGCCCCACGGAUGUCACAUUUACCAGCCCAUCUCUUAGGGGAAAAGAUCUACAACUUCACCCAGUGCAGGUGGAUUCAAGUGAUCACGUUGUCAAUGAGUCGGCGUAUGACUCAACCUUGGGCUCUUUCAGAAUACCCUCAAGGACAACUUCCGUUUUCGUCGAACGUCGAGCCACCUGAGAGACCAUAUCCUACAUGUGAACAGACUUAUCAAAUCCAGUGCAUUCAUGUUGUAGAGACUAGAGAUGCUAUGCUUUACGAAUAUUUUUUACCUCAUAAAAAACUGACUCGAAUUGGUUCAGCCAAUUUUUAAUAGUAAUAACCAAAAGCUGAGAUGGGAAAUACACUUGAUGAAAUUAAUAUAGGCUUUUAUUUUGCGCAAA